AUGACAACAUCAUGGCUAAAUAUAUGGAAUCCAGUACUUAUCAAUCGGAGCAAUAGGCCAAUUUUACAAGAAAAUGAAUACAAUAUUUAUAUCAGAGACAAUGUUGGGCUAUAUCAAGGCCGACAAAAGAUUAUCAAUCAUCAAAACGGAAGAGUUUACUUGACUAACAAAAGAUUGAUUUAUUUUGAUAAUAAUGAUAGCUCCAGGAGCAUUGCUGUUGAACUAAAAUUGUUCAAGAAUGCUGAACUAGUUGCGGGAUAUUUCCGAAGAUCACCAAAAGUCACUCUAUAUAUUAAAACCGAAAAUUCGGAUACUACAAAUAUCGGUGGCAAUGACAGUGGUUCCAAUACUAAAAAUAUUGCAAUUGAUUGGGUUUGUAAAAUAUGUUCAUUUAAUAAUCACCUAGCGGCUGACUAUAAACUUAAUGAAAACGAACUACCCAAAUGUACUUCAUGUGGUAUACGACCUAGUAAGUCAUAUCUUAUGCAAAUAUUAGACUCAGCACAAAAUAAUAUCCCAAUUAGAGAGGACUCACCGGCUUCAAUGACUCCAGAACCUGAAUCUGUUUCUCCAAACAAUGACAAUCAAUGUCCGAAAUGUACGUUCAUUAACCAUCCUGCUUUGAGGUAUUGCGAAAUAUGUGGGACAGAAUUAAAAUCAUCAAAUAAUAAUAAUAACAACAACAAUACCAAGCUAUUUAAAGUUACUCAAAGUUUAAGCAAUGUGUCUAUAAAUAGUAAUCCACUGAACUUGAAAUUGGAAACUGGGGAAGAACUGUAUACCAAUAAUCAACCAUAUAUCAAAUUGAGUUUCCGUAAAGGCGGGGAAUCCAAAUUUUAUCAAGAAGUUUGUAAAGUUUUGGAUGAUAUCAAAUGGCAAAUUCUAGAGGAAAAGGGAGGUAUAAAUAAAAAUGCCGUUAAAUUGGUUGAUAAUUCGAGCACAGUCAAUAAUAAUAAUACUGCAAGUGGUGGUGGCGGUGGUGGUAUUCAUGCAUUGGAGAGACUUGGUGAGUUACAACGAAAACAAAAUGAAAUGAUAUUAACCACUUCUUUGGAUGAUUUGGAACAAUUGAUGUUCAAGUAUCAAGAUUUAAUCAAAUUAUCAACAUCUUUUAAUAAGUUAAUUAAACAACCACCAUCGACAACAUCAGGGGUGGUAAUUCCUGCAUUGAGUAUUAAAAAAUCGUCGCCAUUAUAUCAUCAAGAAUUGAGUAGACACAUUAGUGAAUUUUCAAUAAAUUUCAAAUUGACACAAAAGACGUCAAUGAUAUCAUCUCAAGAUUUAUUUGCUGAGUAUAAUCGGUUUCUUAUUAGAAACCAAGGAUUUGGUAGUGAAUUAGUAAAUUGUGAUGAUUUCAAGUGUGCCAUUGAAUUGUUUGAAAAAUUAAAUUUGCCAGUAGUGGUUAAACAAUACGUGAAUUCAGACAUUUAUGUAAUUCGUCCUAAAGUCAAUGCAAAUAUAUAUGGGGAACACAUUGUCCAGUAUUUGAAAGAUCAAGAACAUGAAUAUAAAUUAAUGACUUUACAACGAGAAAUCAUUUCUGGUGAUUAUGAAAAUAUUAAUAAUGAUUUGUAUAAUGCGGUAAACUAUGGGAAAACUGUAUCGGAAAUAUCCAAUAAAUUUAACUGGUCGUAUAACAUUACUAUUGAGGAAUUGGAAAAGUGUGUUGAAGAGGGACUGGUAGUUAUAGAUCAUCAUAUUUCUGGGACAUUCUAUUAUGUAAAUAAAUUCUCAUUUUCGGAGACUGAAUGGGAUGAUACAAAAGAGAUACAAGAAAUGAGGGAAUUGUUGAUUAAGGAACAACAGGAGAUAACAAUAAGUUUGAGGAAUGAAUACGAUAAACAAAAUAUGGAUAAUUUGGUUAAUAUAGAUCCUGAUUAUAGUUUCUUUGGUGCUGGUAAUAACGACAAGGAGGAUGAUUUGGAAAGUACAGUAACUACUAGUGUUUCUCAAAGUCAAACACAAUCUUUUAAUGAUUUGAUUGGUUUACAGUUUUAA